CACAGACAUAAAUAAACAAGAAAUGUAGCUUUUCACAUCUCAUAUGUAUGUUAGAAUAUUUUGUAUCCCCUGAAGAAAAAACGAUAUCAAGAUCACAAUUAACAAAUAAAAUCUUAGAGUUGAUGAUGGGUUUUCAUUUGACUUUGUUACGUCUCUUCAGUUUCUCGGUAAUUUCGCUUGCCAUUUUACGUAGUGCGCUGUUACAGAACGCCUUUAUAUAUGGAAAAACGUCACCCUUAAAGACCACACAUCUGCUUGGAGGUUGUUCACGAUAUGCAAGCCGUAACGUAGCCCAUGAACUUUGACCGUGCACGCACCACCGUGUUGGACUAAUAUCAAAGGUGCUCCGUUACAAUAGGUUUGUUCCCAUUAUUGAUCGGUCGGCCAGACAGAACGUUAAACAUUUACUCGCAUUAACCGUACCUGAGCGAGGCAGUAACACGGCGGAGCGGAUAUUCAGUGUUUUCAAGUUUCCGGAGAAGAAUCUGUGAGGAUGCAGCGGUCCCAGUCCCUCCCCCAUCUCCAAACCCUGCAGCCCCGCUUUUCCUCCACACCGAAGGGCGACAAGCUGGUGUACUCGGGAGACCUCGACUGUCUGUCGUUCGUGGACGGGGAGGAGUCGGUGGGCCUGAACCACUUUACCUUCUUCGAUGACGAAAUGAGAGCAACUCUCCAAAAUAAAGAACAGCAGGUGAUAUACAAUGUUGAACCCCAUCUUGCGGACGAGAGCGAAACUGCAGACACGGAUGACCAGGAUUUUGUGGAGAUGACUUCGUCGUCAGAGUUCGAGGUGACACAUAUUCACGAAUAUUUGCAGGACGUUUGGUUCCGAGCUCACAAAGACGUACAAGUCGGUAAUCUUUGCACGGCCGCGCUGGGUAUCGUUGCGAGAACGCCUGAAGUCGGACUGCACUACGUCUGCGCUCCAGUGGUGUCCCGCAGGCAUUACCAAUAUAUACCGCUAGAAGGCGUGCCCAAUGUCUACCGUCGGGACGAAGACGACCAAGAAGUGCCUGUGGUUCUGUGCGAGAAACACGAGAGAACAGAACCAACUCUCGUCUGCCAGCCGACAACAAGCCUGCCUCUAGACUGCAGAGAAGUCGCCUUUUCAAGCUCCAAUUUCACCAGGGAGACGCCUUCCGAUUUCUUGUUUGUCUCUAAAGACGAAGCACUGAGACCACGACUGAGAACUUUCUCCCCCGCCGCUCUGAGCGACAAGCAGGGCGCCCUUCCCGAGGGGAAUUCUUUCUACGCCAACAAGCUGCUCCUUUCUUCGUUCAUCUCCGAUUUACCGAACGUUCGCGGGAGUUCGGUGAUAAACAAGCUGAAGAAGACGGCAGCAGAAGUGAACACGUUCUCGCUGGAGGCGUGUAGCCAAGAACUGCUCCAUCCAGAACAGUGGCUGAUCGAGACGCUGAAGCACAACCCGGACCUUCCCGCCGAGCUACUCAGGACCAACCUGGGCCAGCAGAGGAACCCCUCGGUAACGGUGUACGCCGUGGUGUUGGAGAUCCACUCCGCCCGGAAACCGUGUGCGGACUGCGUGGACCACUUCCGGUUUCUUUGCACCGACGACUCGGCAAACAACGUAGUCAGGGAACAGUUCACUCAGGCGCUGCGGAGAUACAGGUUCUCGGUUCGUGACGACAGAGUCCCCAUCUAUGUCCGCGUGUCCUACACACUGAACCGGUUCGGGACGGAGAUCGCCCGGCAGUACCCGUACCAGACCCGCCCCCUGGACCUGCGCGGUCUGCGGGAGGGCGCCAUCCUCGCACACCACUUCGUCAGCGCCAAACAGCUCACACACUGUCCUUUCAGGGACUGCAGGCACGAGUUUGACAGCAGGUUUUAUGUCAAAGUUGAGCAGAUCGUCAAGUCUCUCAUCCAUCCUGAGAAUUAUGAUGCCGGAGACGAGGAGACGGUUCACCGUGAGCUGUUCACGUUCCGUGCCCCUGACCCCGUGUUGACCAUAUUGGAUCACACCUGCCGGACCGAGAGACUGACCCGGGCCGUCAGCUUCACCUCCUGUAGCGUGUGUGGGGCCUUCAGGGUCAUCAGCGGCAUGCUGUAUCCGGGCUCACUCAAACUGGAGUACAUCAGGUACAACUCCUACAAGUUGGCCGAGGACGACCUCACCACGCCUGGUGCCACGCCUGUGACCACGCCUGUGACCACGCCCCUGACCACGCCCAAGUCCCUGAGCGCCGUGGACGGCCCCAUCCCGGAGCUGGAGGAGUCCUCCGCCGACAUGGAGAACUCCAGCUUCACAGACUCCAUGUUGUCUGCCGGGGAAGAGUCUGCUCUGGACGGGUGAGAAGAACCCGGGAAGGUUCAGGAUGUUUGUUUCUGGGAAGAGACCACGGAAGCUUAAGACUCGCGAUUGUCUCUGCAAGAAAAUAAUUUUAAAAAAAUGAACAGAUUUUUCACGAAAAGCACGAAGCUGCUAACAAUGAAAUUAUGAUCCAAUUAUAUUCAAAACUAUUGUUGCAUGCUUUAAUUUUCUCACAACUUUAUAUCUAUGUCAAUUCCAGCAGAUUUCACUUUUGUCGAAGGUCACCCUACUUAGAAAUUUGAAAUACCGAUUACUAAUUCAACAUAACAAAUAAAGAAUGUAAUUACCCUACUAUAGGACAAUAAGCAGUAUGCUGAGUAACACAACAAGUGCUUAACAGGUAUAGGCGUCUCUCGUGGACAGGAUACACGUACAUCUAAUGAAUUUGCCAAGUCAAAGAAAACCGUAAUGAUGCCUUCUUUGAAUGAGACAUUUUAGGCAAUCAUGAAGAUUAUAGAAAAAGUAAAAGCGUGUGUAGCUUUCUUUCUGCCAUACUCGAUAUCUUUGCAUUACACUAUGUCACUGUCAGAUUCCUUUUUUCUCUUGCUAGUUGUCAGAGCUGAAGUCAGUCAUGUCAGAAUCUUUCUUUUCUCUAUUCCUAUCCGACAUCACAGCUGGCAGCUUAAUUUGGCCUCUACAGUACACCCCAUUCACACCAUGAACA